AAUAUAUCUUCAGCCAUAGGAGAGGCACCCAUUCCUCUGUACACCACAUACGGCGCCAGCAAAGCGUUUCACACAUUCCUAUCGGAAGCGCUUUCGAUUGAAUACGAGUCGAAAGGCAUUUACAUCCAAACGGUGUCCCCAAACCAAGUGAGCACAAAGAUCACCACUAAUGUCACGCUUCCCAUCAUUGCCGUCACACCCGAAGACUUUGUGUCGGCGGCCAUCCGUACGGUCGGUAUCGAGCACUACACUAACGGCCACUGGAAACACAAACUUUUUGCUUAUUUCACUCAUUGGGGAAUCACUAUCUUAGGCCAACGGCUCUACAUGAAGGUUGCGAUGAAAGCAUCGCUUGAUAUGAGACAACAAUAUUAUACGUUAAACAAUUUAAAUGAUGGCUAAAAAGGUCUUGGCCAUAAGUCUACCCAUUACUGCUCAACUAAUUAUAUAAUAGCAAAGUGUUUGUCGUAUCAAAUACUAUAUCGUUGGCAAGAUUUACAUUUAUAGUUUGGGAUAAAUUAUAUUAACAAGUAUCACAAGUAAAUUAUGCUCGUCAGUUUUAUUUAUUAUGUUUACUGUAAAAUUUAUUAUAAAAAUUUUUACCAUGCUCAACGAGCUGCUAAGGAAGUAACAAAGCAGUUAAUUCAUGAUUGCUUCCAUAUCAUGAGCUUAUAUCUAGUUUUACAUUUUAAGUCCUUUAGACUCGAAUCCAAUAUACAGUAUAUAAGAUACUCAUAAAAUUUGUUGAUAUAUUAAACCCUUAUAUGAUUUACGAAAUUCAAUUGUUUUGUUGAAUUGAUAUGCUGUGAAUAUAAUGUUUAAAUGAUCUAAUCUAUGAUAUUUUAAUACAAUUUUAAAUGUAUUAUCAUUAAAAAUGGGUGGAAUUUUAUUAUUUGAUAAUUUUUAAGUUCAUAAAUAUUUCGC